AUGUACGACCCCAGGAUAACUAGUCUCCGUGUAAUUGGAUUUCUGCUGUUGUGGGCCUUUAACCAUCUGUUUGACUUUGCCAUUCACACAGGAGAGAGACGGGACUACCGUGGAUCAUCUGGGGAGCCUCAACAACCUCAUGAUGCUGACGAGGCAGAGAAGAGUCUCUCCACAUCAGAACUCCUCCAGAAACACCAGCACAGACCCACAGGGAAGAAACCUCAUUGCUGCUCUGACUGUGGGAAACGUUUCAAAUAUUCAUCAUACCUUAAAAUUCACCAGCGAGUACACACAGGAGAGAAACCUUAUAGCUGUACUCAAUGUGAAAAGAGUUUUACUCAUUCAACUAACCUGAUAUCACACCAGAGAACACACACAGGAGAGAAACCUUAUAGCUGUGAUCAAUGUGGGCAGAGGUUUACUCAGUCAGGUGCCCUGAAAUCCCACCGUAAACUACACACAGGAGAGAAACCUUUUAGCUGUGAUCAAUGUGCGAAGAGAUUUAUUAAGUCUAGCAAUCUGACAGUACACCAGAGAAAACACACAGGAGAGAAACCAUUUAGUUGUAAUCAAUGUGGGAAAAGUUUUAUUACAUCUAGAGAUCUGACUGUACACCAGAGAACACACACAGGAGAGAAAUCUUAUAGCUGUGAUAAAUGUGGGAAGAGUUUUAUUACAUCUAGCCAUCUGACAACACACCAGCGAGUACACACAGGAGAGAAAUUUCACCACUGUUCAGAUUGUGGAAAAAGCUUUUCAACUUCACAUACUUUGAAGAUGCACCUGAAAACACACACAGGAGAGAAAUCUUAUAGCUGUGAUCAAUGUGGGAAAAGUUUUACUCAGUCAAGCUCCCUGAAAUCCCACCAUAAGUUACACACAGGAGAGAAACCAUUUAUCUGUGAUCAAUGUGGGAAGAGCUUUAUUAAUUCUAGCAAUCUGACAGUACACCAGAGAAAACACACAGGAGAGAAACCAUUUAGUUGUAAUCAAUGUGGGAAAAGUUUUAUUACAUCUAGCUCUCUGACUAUACACCAGCGAGUACACACAGGAGAGAAACCUCACCACUGUUCAGAUUGUGGAAAAAGCUUUUCAAUGUCACAUACUUUGAAGAUGCACCAGAAAACACACACAGGAGAGAAAUCAUAUAGCUGUGAUCAAUGUGGGAAGAGUUUUACUAGGUCAAGCUCCCUGAUAUCCCACCGUAAACUACACACAGGAGAGAAACCUUUUAGCUGUGAUCAAUGUGGGAUGAGGUUUAUUACGUCUGGCAGUCUGACAGUACACCAGAGAACACACACAGGAGAGAAACCUUAUAGCUGUGAUCAAUGUGGGAAGAGUUUUACUACAUCAAGCUAUCUGACUAUACACCAGCGGAGACACACAGGAGAGAAACCUUAUAGCUGUGUUCAAUGUGGGAAGAGAUACUCUGAUAAAAGUUAUCUGAUCAAACAUCAGAAAAUACAUACAUGAAGGAGUUGUUUCAUGAUAUCUAUGAAAUAA